CACAAACUGGUAUAAAAAGCGAACCCUUGAAGAGAACUGCAUCCACAACGAUGAAGCUCCUUCUAGUUCUUGUAGCUGUCGCCCAAGCGACCUUCGUUCAUUCCAAAUGUCCUCCUCCUGAAGUCCUUGUGAUCAAAGAGGUGACAAUCUGCGAACGGGAACAGUCCACACUGACCUGCCCCUUCGGCAGUAGUAUCCAGAUCCACGAGGCAUUUUACGGUCGCCAGAACAACCACAUCUGCAGACAUCCCUCCGCCACCGACGGCAGCAACAUCAACGAGAUCUGCUCCUCUCCUAAUGCUCUCGAGAAUGUCAAGAACAAAUGUAACGGGCACAGAGAAUGCAACAUAUCUUCCGCCAGCAACUGGUUAGUGGACCCCUGCAAGAACACUUACAAGUACCUCGAAGUGAGCUACUCCUGCUCCAAACCACAAUACAAUAUUUGAAACUAAUAAAUGAAUUAUUUGUGUUGAUGUCAUCACCAUAUUCUUUACAAUAGUAACUAUUUCACAUACUGAAUGCUCCAGUUUCUGAAUAAAUUAAAAUGAAAAUUGUAGAAU